AUGCCUCUCCAUCUCCUCCAUCACAAAUCUUGGAACGUCUAUUCCCCUGCGAAUAUCGAGCGGGUCCGGCGUGAUGAAGCCAAAGCCCGUGAACAAGUCGCCGAACAAGAGGAGCACAGACUGCGACGGGAAGCAGAUGAAAGACUAUCCACCUUACGACAACAGAGCAAGGAUGAGACCAGGCGCUGGAAACACAAACGACCAGGAGAAGACGACACGGAUCGUGAUAUUCGACUCGCCCUAGGAAACACGUCUGCAUCCCCAAACAAAGAGAAGCAAGAUCAUGGUUCUCUUGUAGAUGCACACGGCCAUAUACCCCUCAUACCAGCACCUGAGAAGCAAUCCCGAGAACAAGAAAAGGAUCCAUACACUGUCUACCUCUCUGACGCUGUUGGUGGGCGGGAUCGACCUAAAGACACAUGGUACACGUCUGUUCAGCCGAAGCAAGAACAAUGGGGCGACGAGAAUCCCCGGAAACGGGAACGAGCACUUACACGGCUCAAUGCGGACGAUCCCCUUGUGGCCAUGAAGAGAGGUGUCAAGGCUCUCCGGGAGAAUGAGCGACAAAGACAGGAGUGGAUGAGGGAGCGCGAAAGAGAUCUCGCCGAUGUCGAGGAGGGCAACAUCGAGAGCGAAAGGACGAGCAUCGACAUAGACAUCAUCACCACCACCAUCACCACCACCGUCGCCACAGACGAAGACACGAAGAUCAUCAAGCUGUAG